AUGGUUUCUGGAAACCAUCCUAAUAACUUGUAUGGGAAUGGUGGUAAUGGUGAUGGUCUUGACCAGUUGGCCAAAGCUUUGAAAAAGUUGAUUGAGGAGGCUAUUGAAAAGGCUGAAAAGUCCCUCGAAGCCGAAAAAUCUAAGCUUUCUUGCCCCUUCAAAUACUCUGAUAAGGAGACUUACUGUCAGUACUACGAGAAGAAAAUUGAAGAUUCUAAAAAACGUCAAAAAUCUGAUAAUGGCAAAAAAUCUCUUAAUUUAGAAAUUCUCGAAAAGUCCCUUGAUAAGUGUAAAAAACAGCACAGUGACUAUCCCAAGUCCCAGGCUUAUAAGGACAUUGACUCCAAGUUGUCUCAGGUUGAAAAUCUUAAAAAGAGUCUUGAAGGAUUGACUAAAGAAGACAAUUGUAAAAACCUUUUAGAGAAUCUUUGUUCCGGCCUCGAAACUUUCCUAGGCUUCGACCCUAAUUCCAAAGGCUACGACGGCUCUGGGAUUGUCUACUCCGACCUGGACAGGCUGUGUGACGGGGUGAUGGGAUUUUUGAGUGGUGUUCUCAGUAACAUCCAAGGCCAUUUAGGGCAGCAUAAAGAUACUUUAGAUGAUGCAAUUACGUCACUUAAGCAAAAUAAACACGCCGGCAAAAAAGGUUUUAAUGAUGCGAUUGUGAAGGUGGUCGAAGGGGUGCGGGGGUAUAAUAAGGCAGUGGAGCAGUCUAAUACCUCCAUUAGAAAUCCAAUAAGGACACUCUUAAAAUACGUCAAGGCAGAAAAAGGUACGUUACUUGAUGGUCUUAAUGCUAUUCAGGUAUCGCAAGACGCUGCACAUGAUGCAGUUGAGCAAGCCGAGAGACAGAUGCGAGAUAAACUGACGGAAUGCCAGCAGGCAGCCGACACGUUCAACACAGCUUUUAAUCUUAAAACACAAACAGAUAUGAAUAAAUCUAUUACCGACUUGAAUGACAAAAUAGAAACUAAAGUUAGACAUUCCAUUGGCAAUGUUAAGCACGAGAGCGAGAGGCUUAGGACCUUGGCUCAGAAGGAGCGGAGUGACCUAGAUGCGACGAUUAAGGUCACGACAGAUACGCUUGAAAACCUAAGAAGUGGCGUAAGAAAGAACGUUUGUGAGCGCGUAACGACGCUAGUGUCAAAUUUGAAAAACAUUGUUACAUUGAUUUUGAAGGAACUCAGAGCAAUGAAUUUGCAACUUGAAUGGUUGGUGAAGGAACUAAAGCAGUGGAUGGAGGAGGCGAAAAAAAUCAUCAAGGAAACAUUACGCAAACAAGUGGAAGAAAUUAGAAGAGAAAUCGAUGAGGAUGCGGGAAGCAAAAAUCCCAACCAUAAAAAGAGUCUGCUUGCUGAAAUUACGAAACUUGAGAAGGCACUCGGCACCAAAGUUAGCGAGUUGGAUGAGUGGAAAGCAGCGGGCACGGAGGCUGUUAGAUUGGCGCAGAAGAAGUGUAAUGAGGUUGUCAAGAAGUUGAAUGGAGAUGACCAGAAACAACCCGGUGAUAAAGGAGCCGUUAAACAGGCGGCGAAAGUAUUGCAAGAUAAAGCUGAUCAGCUGCGGCAGAAGGCGUUUGAUGCUAAGCAGCAAGUUGAGGCUUUGGUGGUACAGGCUAUCGGUGCUGUAAAAGUAAUGGACGGGGUGCUUAAAGAGGAAUUGGCGGCAGUGAAAAGCCAUAUUAAGACGAAGCUGUUGGAUUACAUCAAGACUAAGUUGCCAGAACAUAUAAAAACGGCACUCCUGAAGCAUACUGAUAAGAUAGCAAAAGAUGAAACGAGCCUUCUUGGCGCAGUGGUAGCAAACGUAACGGCAUACGCAACUGGUUUCAAAGAUCUAUUUGAAAAAUAUAUUAAGGAAAUGGUUACGAAAAUUGUAAAUGAAAAAAAUGGAACGGCGGAAACCUACAUUGACUUUUAUGUUGGAGAGAACGUGACUACACAUAGGCAGCUGAAUGCAAAAAGCGUCAAAGAAGCCAUCAGAGAUUAUAUUCCAAGUUAUGUUAAGCAAUUGGUUACGGAGGCUGCUACGGAAUCAGGGAUACACGGCAUUACAGAUCUGGACCAGCUGACUGACAAAUUCCAGAGUUUUGUAACGAAGAUGGAGCUGAAAAUUCCGCAGGCAAUGAGUAUUGAGACAACCGUUACAGCCAUUGAGGCUGACUUGCAAUCAAAACAAAAACUUACUAAGCCUAAUACAGGAAAGCAGCAAUAUCUAAAGACGGCUCUUGAAAUCAUCAUUCCUGCGGUAAAUGCGCUUGCUCAAGAUCUAUCAAAAGAAAUUUAUAACAUUCUUAAAACGUGUCAGAUUCGUAACUUGAAGACGGCUAUGGAUGAGAUUAAAGGCCUUGGAAGAAUUCUUGAAGAGAAGCUUAAAGAUACUACGGGUCCCAACCCACUAUCAAUUCAGGCUACUGAGAGAAUUAAGACGAUUUUGGAUGGACAAUUGCCAGAAGCGAGCGGUUCUGUGGAUGUUAAUACAGCAUCUACACUGAUAACUUACCGUACUCACGUCAGUACGGCAUUUGGUGAAACAACCGGUAAACUUCCUUCAGCGAUCAACAAUAUCCAGAAGCAAGGACUUGCAUCGCUCGCAGAGCUGGUUAAUGAACCUGGCAAUGAUGACACAAUAGGCACUCAGACUUUUAACAAAUCGCGCGCCACCGUCGACACCAGCCUCACCGCCUUCACCGACAAAGUCAAGGACCUUGUUGACAAGAGUCCGAAGUCAGACACCGACAGUGUCCACGCUUACCUGUUAGAGCUCGACAAGAUGCUUGGCAAAGAUCCUGUUUCCCUCACUGCCGCUGACAUGAAUACUCACACCGACGUCAAAGGCCUCGUGACGAUCAAGGAAGAAAUUCAGAAGCUGAAAGACACAAAUAUCACAGACGUUAGGGACUACCUCAAGUUUAUGUGCGGUUAUGUUAGGAACCACGCGAAAGACAUCGAUUCGCAAUUAGAUAAUCUCGCAGAUAAUCUUAUUGACAAGCAGCUUAAAGAUCUUCAUGACCAACUUAACACCCUACAAAGCAAGACACUGGAUAAAAUCAUCAAAGCCACCGAGACGUUUAUCAACACCGACACGAAAGUGCUACAACAAAAGUGCAUUGACGAGCUCUAUGAAUACCUGGAUAGACAGGUGGGAGAUGUUAAGCAACAACUCUCCACCCACGCCCGCAGGCAGUACGUUAGCUCAAUAGACGCAUUGCUCAGGGCAUUCGCCAAGAAGACCGAGAGCGAAUUAAAACCGCUACUUAUCGAGGUUAACAGCGACUUGAAUAUCGGACUCAAGGGGUUCAUGAAGAAAUUCGAUGAGAAGUUCGUCGGCAGCAUUGAAGCGAUCGGCGCCAUUGACGCUACGUCGUUCACUGUGCAGGGAUUGCGGAAAAUCUACCCGCUGAGCCAGGCGGCCAAUAAAUUUAAUACCUGCCUCAAAGAUUCGUUCGAAUAUCUAGAGAAGCAAAAGGAUCUCACCUCCGACUUAAAGCAGAUCGACCCAUCCAAGGAAGCCCUCCGCAAAUUGCUCGCCAAACUCGUGCAAUCGCAACACUUCGACCACGAGUUUUGUAACAAUUUAGAUGCUCUUACUGACGAAUUAAAUAAGUUGACGCCUGGUAAAUUCGGCCAACCCAACACGGUGCUCUCGCAGGCGUUCAAGGAGGGGUUCGCUGACCUGGCGUCGGUGCUGGGAAAGGCGUACGUUAAUAGGUAUUCGGGGAAAACGUUUGAUGAGCUGGUCCAAAAUGCUGACACCGAUAAAGCUGUGUUAACGACCGAAGGCCGAAACGUCGCCAAAGCCUUCCUCACCCUGCUUGAGAUGCUAGUUGGAGACCUAAAGACGCUGAGAGAGAAAUGUGAAGCACAAUGGAACGGCAAACAAAUACAUCGUAUUAGCGGUCUUGGUUCGUUUUUAAUCGGUUGUGGUUACAAAGUGGCUACCAAAGAUAAUUCUCAAGAUGGCGAGUUGAGGCGUCAUGAAGACAUGAUAGGCAACCAUAUACUGAAUAACCUAAAAAGGAAACUUCAAAACACGGAUAAUAUUAAGAAACACUUUAAGAUAUGUGGAUCAAUUGAAGAGGACGAAAACGGUAAAAAGAAGAAAGGUAAAAGCAUCAACGUGCUCAACGUUCUCAAGUGCCUCCAUCACCACCUGGAAACGUAUUACACUGUUGGUCACAUGGCGACUUUCACUGCCAAACGCAUUCCAUGUUCCGUGUACGAGAUGCUCGUUUGGUGCGCUGGUUUACUGUAUAACCCCGUGAACCCAGUAAUGCAGCACGCAACAAUCACUGAGCUGUUUGAUGAUCCAGCGAAGCAAAACGCCGAGGACGAGAUCAUUAUAACGCAAGUUGACAAAAACUUCAUUGAUGCAGCGCCUCACGCCAUAAACUAUCAAGGCAUCGUCUCGUCGCUUGACGAUCUGUGCGCGCAAUCCUACGACGUCUUGACCAGAGUCCUGGGCACCGGAGACGCAGAGACCACGUACGCCAGCGACUAUUGCAACAACUCGCAUAAUUUCUAUUAUCCGCAGAAAGGCGACGAUUGCCUCGACAUGUUGCUCGACAUAUUACGCAGGAUGUUCCCGCCGCUGAAAUUCCUGAUGCACCAGUGCAGUUACCCGACGGGUAUCCAUGGCUGGUCGAGCUGCCAGUACGGCAAGACUGUGUCAUCAGCUAAGUGGCCAUGUAAGGGGCAUCCAAAAGACAAACCAAAUGACCAACCAAAUGAUGAACCAACGUGCCAACCAAAAUCACCACUUCAGUCCUACCUAAAUGACUCUCUACCCGGCUGGUUACCGCAUUCCCUAAGUGGCAUCGGGUGCAGGCCCAAAUGCGCUAAUUGUCCAGGCAAUAAACCCGGGAUGCAGUGCCUGACGCCGCUUGGAUUUAGAGGCUUUUCUGGGACAACGAGGACAGGCAGAGACAUAUGCGACGUGCUGGAAAAAUACUUUACCAACACGUAUCAUACAUCGCUAUUCAGUCUCGUGCCCAGGCCACCCUCAACGCUUGCGGAGCAUCAGAGCUUUGUGUUGUCGCUAAUGAGGGGUAUUAAUGCUGAUAAACCUAAGCAAAUUCCGGACAUCAAAACAUUGAGUGCAGCAUUUGAAUCAUCCAUUUCCAAGCUCACUAUCGAGCUGUAUAAGAACGCCGAUACGCUGACCACUGCACUCGAGGACGCUUACGGUAGCAAUCAACAAAAGCAUGAUUCCAAGAAGCAUGAAACUGUACCCGUUAAGGACAGUAAAGAAGACGUUAAGAAGGGCGAUUUGUCUAGUCUGUCCAUGACUACAACAUGUAGCGGUCAGAAGUGUGCGCCGUACCUCUCAUCGCUUGCCUCCGACAGCUAUUACUACAUGACCAACAAAAAUACUGACACCUACCUCUCAUGGGUAACAUACUUACCGUGGACGUUUUGGAACCUGCUUAACAGUUUGUACAACUCUUUCUGUGCUAUCAAUUGCCAAGAUUGGGGAUGUCGCGGUUGCUUGCGGGGCGACGUAUGUAAGAAGGGAGCUCACGGUGUUGUUGAUAAGGUCAAACCAAACGCUGUUUGCAGAUGCGAUUCGAUUGUCCAAUGCAAGGGUGUCUCCGCAACGUUGUACCAAUACGGUUUAUGCUUCGGUGAACCUUUCACUCUGAAUGAGGGUACGACGCUGAAGAAAUGCUCCGACUUCUGCACUCAACUUAGCAACGUUCUCAACUCGACCUACUUCAGUAAGCUUUUCGAAAAGUGCGAUGAAUUCAUUUUCGCCAUCAGGCAGCCGUUUAUAUGGAUGAACGUCGCACUUUGGUCACUAUCCCUCUUCUACCUUCUUUGCGUAAUGGUUGGCAGACUGGAUGUGCUCCACAUACGCUCACAUCUGAGGAUACCGUCAUCGCACAAGAUUACAGCGCAAUCAUUGUUGGCUGCAGCGCAAGUCGGAAGGCUUGCCAAGAUAUCGUAUCUACAACCGUAA